CUGGGAGUUGACUACAUGCACGAAAGGAGAAUACUUCAUAGGGACCUAAAAGCAAAGAAUAUCUUUUUGAAAAAUAACCUACUUAAAAUUGGGGAUUUUGGAGUUUCACGACUUUUAAUGGGAUCGUGUGACCUGGCCACGACAUUCACCGGGACGCCUUACUACAUGAGCCCAGAAGCGCUGAAACAUCAAGGUUAUGACACCAAGUCUGACAUUUGGUCACUGGCAUGCAUUUUGUAUGAACUCUGCUGCUUGAAUCAUGCUUUUACUGGUCACAAUUUCUUGUCUAUUGUUUUAAAAAUUGUUGAAGGCGAAACACCUUCUCUUCCUCCAAGAUAUCCACAGGAACUGAAUGCCAUCAUGCAAAGCAUGUUGAACAAGAGUCCUUCACUGAGACCGUCAGCGAUAGAAAUUUUAAAAAUCCCUUACCUCGAUGAACAACUAAAGCUCAUGAUGUGUAAAUAUUCCAACGUGACUCUGGAAGACAAGAACUUGAACUGUCAGAUGGAAUCAGCUCAUCUCAUUAAUGCCAUGCAGAGGAAGAUCCAUCUGCAAACCCUGCGGGAGCUGUCUGAAGUACAGAAAAUGACUCCGCGAGAGAGGAUGAGACUAAGGAAGCUCCAUGCGGCUGAUGAGAAAGAAAAGAAGCUAAAGAAAUUAGCUGAAGAAAAAUAUGAGGAGAACACCAAGAGAAUGCAGGAACUGCGAUCCCGGAAUGUUCCGCAGUCGAGCAUCGAGGCGCUCCGGGAAUCUGAUGAACAGGCUUCAGGACACCUGACUGAAUCUGAGCCAAAUGAAGAAGAGAUGCUAGCGGAGCUUUCCCUGACUUAUUCUCAGCCAGUCGCCUCCCAGAGCUCUGCAGGACAGGAGCCAAACCAAGAGGAAGCUUCAGUCCCACCGUCCACAUAUGAACUGGAGGAUCAUGGAUCCUCACCCCGUCCUUACGUCCGGGGAACAGUGACCAGACUCUGCACAGAGCAGGCAUUUUCUUCUAUGAAGUGGAAUUAUGACUUCAUCUUCCGAAAGGAGGAAGAUGAGCUUGUGAGCCAGCUGGGGUUCCUCUUCUUUGUAGAACCUGGGACCAUCGCUUCCCUCUUGUACCCCGGCUUAUGGGCAAGCCGCAGAGCUCUGCGGGGCUUUCCACAGGCACCAUCCCAAGGCGGUCGUGAAGCUGCCCACAAGGAAUCUCGUGCUGCCCGUCUGGGUGGCCAAAGCACCAAGGCAAGAGCUCAGAUCCCAGAAGAUCCCUUAGAAGCUGAAGAGUAUUACAUGGAGGUCUUUGAUUCCUGUUCUGACUCAAAGGAGGAAGAAGUGGUGGAGGAGGUGGUGGAGGAGGUGGAGGAGGAGGAGCUGGAGGAGGAAAAAGCAGAGAGCACAUAUAGAACCAGUCAUCAGGACAGUGACAUUGAGGCAUUGGUCAGGUGUUUGGAAAACGUCCUGGGAGGCAGCUCACUAGGUACGAGGACGGUCACCAGUUCAGCUCCAGUCUUGACGCAAGGACCAAGUCCUUUUAACAACACUGAGUCUGAAACCAAGAUGAAACUCAUGAGAGAAUCGGCCAUUCAGAAGUUGGGCUUAGAAGUAUUUGACACUGUCUACAGCUACCUCAAGAAGGCCAGGAGGCAGGAUGCCAGUGAAGAAGAGAUCAGGGAGUCCCUGGAGAAGGUGGUACCACGAGCCAGUGACUGUUUUGAGGUGGACCAGCUCAUCUACUUUGAAGAACAGUUACUUAAAACAACAAGGGAAGAUUCUGGGCUCCAGAAUCAUCUUUAA